AUGGCAACCAAUCAUGAUACUGACACAAGCGAGGAUGAUAGCCGCGAGGAUAGUAGCCUGAUGGCUCAGGCGAACGAGCAGCUUGAACGCGAGUUGCUACAGAGCCAGAAACGUACACUCGCUACCAACCGAGCGCCCCGACGCGUGGUGUCUCUCGGCAUCUCCCCCAGCUACGUCAAAGACUGGGUGUCAGCAGAUGCUUUUCGGGAAUUGUAUCAAAAUUGGAAGGACGCCAUCAUAGAAAGAUUCAAUCUUGACCGUCAGAGCUUCCAGCCAUUGUUGGAAGACUACAGUGACCAUCUCUCAAUCAUUGUUCCCCAUCAAACCCUUGCCGACCAGCCAGCGGAGCGUGAGAAUCGACGUGCACUAGGCUUCAUUCAGUACGAAAAAAAGACCGGCAGAAUCACCAUCGCAAAUCCAUGCAUGCGACUACCCAUCAAUGCUCUAGCUAUGGGAUUCUCAACCAAAGAUGUCCACGGUGCCCACGACCAUCUUGUGGGGCGUCACGGGGAGGGUCUCAAGCUGGCGGCCUUGGUUCUCUCUCGAGAUGGUUACCAAGUGAGUAUCACCGCGAGUGGUUGCAAUUGGAGGUUUGACAUGCACACAGACGCAUCGGUUUCUUGUACUGUCGCACCGUCUCAGAAAACCAAUUCGAUCGAACGGACCGAUCCUGCCCUCGACAUGGGAAGCCUACGUUACCUUGUGGGGAGGGACGUGGCAGUCGUAAUCGGCGCGAGGCGGGCCAAGUCAGGCCGACCAGUCGCGCUAGAUGCGUUUGUGGAUUGGCUCCGCUCGACUACGAUGGACAUUCGCGGGCUCACCUACCCUGCCGGUAUCAUUUCCACACCACAUGGCGACUUAAUUCUUGAUCCCCAGCUGCGACGUCAGCUGUAUCACAAUGGGAUCACCUUGACCAAUUCCACCAUAUGGGAGGAAGCUCUACGCAAGCAGGAAGACAUCAUCUUGCCUCUACUUGUCGAUAUUUUGCGGAAGAAUCCCGGUGCCGACGCCGAGAUGAUAGGCCCUCUCCUAAAGCCGUUGACGGCGCGUCAGAUCUGGCAGUACCUGCUGCGAGAAUCAGCAGAUAAGGAAUUCUUUUAUAGCGAGAGGAGCAAUGACCAGACCACGAAUACAAUCCGGGACAGCCUCGGCAAGCGCCCGACACGCCUGCCCGACACGCUGUGGCACAUGCUGCGUGCCCACUGCCCCAUCCGAACCGUCGAAGAGGAGCAGCAAGAGCUGUUUAAGGAUGCAAAGCCCUGCGUCGUCCCAGACACAACAUUCGCAAGAACAGUCGACCGCGCGUUGCGAGCCUGCUUCGCUCUGUUGAAGUUCACCGACCAUAUUCAGGUAGUCUACGUCCGAGGUUCGGCCGGCAAAGUCGACGUAUACUUUGACAAGGGACAUGGUACGCUCAAGAUACAUUGCCGAUGGCUGGACUUUGCUUGUAUGCACCACCGGUCAUUCUGCCGGCCCUGGUCUCCGAGCAACCUUGCCGGCACAAACGCCCCCUUUUUCUGUUGCCAUGUGGUGGAAGAGCUCUUGGUUCGAUCGAUUGCGUCCAUGUUCAAAGCGCAUCCGACGUCUCGACCAGCUGAAAUGAAAUUCAUGCGCCAGAUUGGACGGCGACUACGAUACUUGCCGCACAGCAUCAAGUUGAAGGCAUACCCAGGGGGCAUUUUGGUCAGUUGGGAAGACAAUGAGACGGAAUCCUUUCGCACACUCGGCUCCAGCGGCCCGGACUACCAUGUUGUGCUUCAUGAUGACAAAUGUGCAAACGCUGAGGCGGGGCUUCUCCACGAUAAAGCAGCCCUCCCAAACGAAGUGAUGUCCUGUGACUGCCGUCAGCAAUUCGCUCGUCAGACACACCGAAUGUGCCUCUUUACCGGUCUGUCGCACACGUCGACAUAUUAUGCUACGAUUGCGCUGAACGAGGAUCGGGCUUUCUACGGGGUUCCAUCCGAUCCAGGCUCACCAGGGGCAUAUGAGGACGUCAAAGCUGCUCUCCAAUAA